GGAUGCAGGUGGCUCAGGACCGUGUUUUGUGGCAUUCUUUGGGGGAGGCCUAUGUUCAGCAGUGGACUUGUGAAGGGCUGUAAUGAUGAUGAUGAUGAUGAUUAAUAUAUACCGAAUAAAAAAAUUAAAAUACAUUUAUCUUUGUACGCUGUGUGUAUUUCCAUAAAAUAGUUUAUUGAUGUUGAAAAUAUAAUACUACGUUCGUACAAUAGGUGGCGUCUUACAUAUUUCUUACGCAAUAAUAUACUGUAGCGAGCGGCGCGCCGGUCAAAUGCCCAAGAUCGUUCGCAUGGAGUAGCCCCUUAAUGAAAUAUAUGUUCUUAGUUUAUAUUUUAUAUGACUUCACACUGCUGUACAUAAUAUAUUAUGUGUGGAUCAAUUGUACCUUUUGUUCUGUUUAUUCAAUGCACGCCGCCUCGUUACCGACAAAUAUUUACGACAUUUAUUAUUGGGUUUUUUUAAUUGUUGAAUUUAAUGAUAUAAUGAAUUCCCAUCCUUACAUGUAAUUCAAUUGAAAAUCGUGAUGGAAAGUAUCACAUGGUUGUAACAAUUCAAAUUUACUUAAGGCGUCAUACAAUCUUUUCCCAAUAUUUUAAACAAGUUAAUUAAAUAAUAAAAAUAAUGCUGAGUAAUAUUGUGUUACUGGGUGAACACCAAACCCGUGCAACUGAUUCCAUGUACGUGACACUCCCAAACGGGCGUACCGGUACGCAAGUGAAGCCAACCGGUACUACCGCAGACUUCGCGGGCAAGAGGCGGACUGCGCUCUCCUUCAUACCGCACUCCAUCGUUGUUCCAUCAAUUCAAUUCAAUCGUAGAGUUGACGCAGUAUUAGUAUUUAUUCCACAUAUGAUACUAGUCAAUCUGUAUGGUUGGUUGCAUUUUGAUAAAGAUGGUAAAGUAAUUGAAAUGACAAGAUAAAGUGCAGUGACAGUAACUCCCAUGUUUAGUUACCCAAAUGUGAUAGUUACAAACCUAAGGUUGAGCAUAUUAUUUAAGUAUUCUUUAGAAUAAAUUAACCCAUAUUAUAUUGGGCAUUAUUUAAUGUGUACAUGAAACAUAAAAGUCAGAUCACCGCUGUAUUCUUUGUAUUAUAUUAACAAUUCAAUCCCACCUGGCGGUAAGUGGAUAUGCAGCCUCAGAUGGUAAAUUCGGCUCGAUUCAUUGGCACUGCGAAGAGAUGUUGCAUCCGUUUGCAUUUUCUUUCGCAUCUACCAUGGGGAGUGCUCUGAGGAAUUGUUCGGAUUAAUCCCAGCCGCCAAAUUUCACGAACGCACAUCGCGGCAGAACUCCCGAUACCAUCCACACCAUCUGGAUGAUUGGCAGUCCACCACUGUGCGAUUUAGAAGAUGUUUUCUUCCUCGCACGACUUCUUUGUGGAAUCGAUUACCAUCAGCGAUUUUUCCGGACCGAUACGACUUAGGGACCUUCAAGAAAAGAGCAUACUCCUUUUUAAAAGGCCGGCAACGCAUCUGCAAUUCCCUCCCUGGUGUUGCAGUUGUUCAUGGGCGGUGGUAGUCACUUACCAUCAGGUGAGCCGCAUGCUCGUUUGCGCCCUCUCCUAUAAAAAUAUAAUAAUUUGUUAGCUCGUCCAUUUAAAUGCUAACAUUUAAGACAAAAAUCUUAUUGACCAUUAGAUAUUUCUUUUCUAAGUGAAAUUCCAUUACUCCAAUAGCGAAGUGAUGGAAGGACUGGAGCUGAAGCCAGGGCUGUCAUUCUUGAACAUUGGAUCUGGUACGGGAUACCUCAACACUAUGGUGGGUCUAGUUCUGGGUUCCGGGGGCAUCAAUCAUGGAGUGGAAUUAAAAGAAACAGUAGUGGAGUAUGCUACUACGAAGAAUCGCCAGUUUAUUGAGAAUUCUCCUACUUUAGAUGAUUUUGACUAUUGUGAGCCAAAAUAUUACUUGGGGAAUGGGCUGUGUUUGGCUCCGCUGCAAGCGCCCUACGAUCGGGUUUACUGUAACGCUGGCUGUCCAGAAGAAUAUACAAACUACUUUAAGCAACUCAUAAGGAUUGGUGGUAUUCUGGUGAUGCCGUUGAAUGAUACACUGGUGCAAGUGAAACGAGUUGGUGAGAACGAGUGGGUGUCGCGAAGUAUGCUCAACGUGUUCUUCGUCACCCUAAAGCUGCCUACCACGGAUCCACCCUCAGAACUGAUCAAACUUGACGAGCAAGCACCACCCCAACUGCAAGUGCUGUCUCGUGCGGCAGUGAGGCGUGCCAUGCGGCUGGGCGUGCUGCGCCGCAACCCCGAGCUGCAGGAGCCCCCCCGCGACCCGCGCGACCCCCGCCACACGAGGCACUGCCCCCGUCGCAUCUACAUACCCAUCGACGAGAGGCCAGGACGUUUUGAUAUGCUGCACGACUUAGACCGUGAGAAUGGCGCGAACGAAAUGAACGCGCUCCUAAGCCGUGUAUUGAGUAUGGGAGAUAACAGGGUUGCUGGUACUGUGAGGUUUGAUUCGCCAUCAGAGUCCUCUGCUGAUGAAGAUUCCCAAGAUGAAGCACAAGAUGAAGAUCAACCAGAUCAAGACAGGGACAGCGAGCCCAACUCUGAUGCUAGUGCCGAUGCAGAUGCAGUAGACGAAGCUUCUGAUCGAAGAGUUGAUGUGGUCUUUAGAAAUUUUCUCAAUAUAAGAAGACGCAACCUUAGCAAGAAUGAAAAUGACACACAGAGUCGUUCACUAGCAUUUGAGUUCCUGGAAGCUGAAUCUGGCACAUCUCAAGAACCUGCUGAGAACGGCGCUCCACCAGAUCCUAAACAAUGUACGUCGACGAACAGUGAAGUACCGGCUGAUGUGGAGGUAUACCUCGAUAACAAUGCUGAUCUGCCGGGAACCUCAAAGACUGAGAUGGAGUGGGAGGAAUCAAAGACCGAUGGCAAACGUGAGCAGACCAGUGAUGAUGACACAGAAUCAAUUUCGAAGGGUACAGAAGAGAAGCGAAAGAAACUAGACAGUGGUAUUGGAGAAGAAAAUUCGCCAUCCAGUUCUUCACCAGAAAAGACUGGGAAGAGUGACGAAUCGGAGAUAUGUGAAGACUCACAUCCAUCUGAUAGCCAUACCGAAGAUACAGAAGCUCCAUCGGGUGAAGGUCGUCACCGGCAGCCAAAACGCACCCGUUUGCUGAGACCGGUGUCGUCUACGGAUGAAGAUGGCUCUGAUGAUGGGCUAGGUAGUCCACAACGCAGACGCAAGAAGCGCGCGAGCCAAGGUGGCGACGCUAGACGCGUCCGCCUCUCCAUCCUCAUGAAGCGAGCCAUCAAAGAACUACCCCUGCCAUAUGCGCUUAAGAAAUAUGUUAACUAUGGACGCUGCUUUCAGUUCUAAGGCCAGAGUUUCUAGAAGCUGUAACCUUGAUAUUUCUAAGUUCAAGCAGCAGCUAUUCCUUAACAAGAUUGUACCAACACGGCCCCAGCCUUAUGGAAAUCCUCAAAGUAAAAUAGUCCGCCUGUCCAUACUCAUGAAGCGAGCCAUCAAAGAACUACCCCUGCCAUAUCCGCUCAAGAAAUAUGUUAACUAUGGACGUUGCUUUCAGUUCAAGGCCAGAGUUUGUAGAAGCUGUAACCUUGAUAUUUCUAAGUUCAAGCAGCAGCUAUUCCUUAACAAGAUUGUACCAACACGGCCCCAGCCUUAUGGAAAUCCUCAAAGUAAAAUAGUCCGCCUGUCCAUACUCAUGAAGCGAGCCAUCAAAGAACUACCCCUGCCAUAUCCGCUCAAGAAAUAUGUUAACUAUGGACGUUGCUUUCAGUUCUAAGGCCAGAGUUUUUAGAAGCUGUAACCUUGAUGCUUCUAAGUUCGAGCAGCAGCUAUUCCUUAACAAGAUUGUACCAACACAGCUGCAUCCUUCUGGAAAUUCUCAAAAUCAACGAAUGAUACAGAUGCAGAUGUUUUCAACCAAACAUUUUCCGAUCCUAUUCCUGUAUAAAUGCACUAUAAAUCUCCAUUUGUGAUAAGCAAGCAUUUCUGUCAUGAGAUGUAGUAAACACCCUAAGAAGUAUUUCAUUUGUGAUUACUACUGUUCCAACAAGACUGACUAUGAACAAAGCUACAAACUUCUGAAAACUUCUCUAAGUAAGGUAUUUUCUGAGCAUAUUCCUACAUAAUAUGGACUAUGAAAAAUGCCUUUAUGAUAAUCUAAAGAAAUACUUCAUAAUGGUUGCUGCUAUAAGACACUUUCAAGUUGCUACGGAACUCCAGAAACUUCUACAAGUCAACAAGUGAAAUGUUUGAAAAUAGUUCGCAUAUUUGAAUAUAUUUCCUGCAGAUAUUAUACAGAUAAAGUUUCCUAUUCCAAAGUCACAGUCAAACCAUUAGAAUCCAGUGAUUUUUUUUAAUUUUGUACCAAAGUAGUACCCUUAACCGACGAGCGUGUAUGCGUAGAUAUAUGGAUGUAAAAGAGGCGAGAGAGGUGUGUCAGGAUCGCGCCAAAUGGAAGUCCGUAGUCUCUGCCUACCCCUCUGGGUGACAGGCGUGUGUUUAUGUAUAUAUGUAUUUGUACC